UCGAAGGAAUAAAACAUCUGUUUCCCCCGCUGUUAGUAGUUCGCCGAAUCUCCUCCUUCGUUCUUCCCGCUGCCUUUCGCCUCGAUCACUCAUACUUCGAUCUUCAAGGUGGCGGCUGUCAACUCAUGCUCGCCGAUCCAAAAUCCAGUGUCUCUCACCGCCGCCGGCACCACCUCCGGCGCCGAUGUCGGCCGGCUGGCCUCUAUCCUCAGAUCCACGACCCCGAUUCCUUUCCCACAGCUCAACCAAAUUCACUGCCACCUCCUCCGCUCCUUCCCGGACGUCGCUUCCGACGAUUCCCUUGCCCGCCUAUUCAACGAUGCCAUCCGAUUCCUUUCCAAGUCCCCACUCUCCUCCGCUCCGUUCGCCGCCUUCCGCCUCUACUUCCUCAUGAUUCGCGCCUCCCUCACCGCCGGUCGUUUCACCCUCCCCUUCCUCCUCAACUGCGCCUCUGCCGCUCCUUCCCUCUCCCUCGGCGCCGAGAUUCACUCCCGUGCUAUCCGCUCCGGCCUGCUCGCCGUCCUCCCGGUCGCCAACGCCCUAGUUGACAUGUACGGCAAAUGCAGCUCCCUCCCUAGCGCUCGCGCCGCCUUCCUUGAUAUGCCCCUCAAGGACAUUGUCUCAUUCAAUGCGAUCCUCGGCGCCCACGCUCGCAUGGGAGCUGACAUGCCAGCCGCCCGUCGCCUGUUCGACGCCAUGCCCCAUCGCAAUGUUAUAUCCUGGAAUGCAAUGAUCGUCGGUUACGCCAAUGCCGGUGACCUGCCCUCAGCCAAGGAUAUAUUCGAUCGGAUGCCUGUUCGCAAUGUUGUCUCUUGGACCGUUUUGAUUGUUGGUUACUGCAAGGUCGGUGAGGUUCUUCAGGCCAGACAAGUGUUCGACAGAAUGCCUGAGAAGACCCUGAUCACCUGGGCCGCCAUGAUUACCGGAUACUCCCAAUGCGGAAUGCCAACGGAGUCUCUUGCACUGUUCCGCGAGUUGGAACGGAGGCGGAUCGAACCAGAUGCAGUCACCAUGGUCGGUGUCAUUUCUGCCGCGGCACAAUUAGGGAGUGCGGAGCUAGCAACCUGGAUUGGGUCCUAUGUCGAUCAGAAGAGGAUCGAGAGGAAUGAGCGUGUCCUCACUGCACUUGUGGACAUGUUUGCCAAGUGUGGCAAUGUCGAGAAAGCACUCCUUGUCUUCAAGGAGAUUCCUUUCCCUGAUGCAUACUCGUACACUGCACUUAUCAAUGGGCUCGCAACCCAUGGGCACGAGUUACAGGCGCUUGAAAUUUUCAAGAGAAUGCAACAAGAAGCUAUCAAGCCAGAUCCAAUCACGUUUGUAGGCGUGCUGAGUGCAUGCAGCCAUGCGGGGCUUGUCGAUCAAGGAUUGGAAUACUGGGAAAGCAUGGUUCGGGACUACGGCAUGGAACGCAGGGGUGACCACUAUGGUUGCGUUGUAGACAUGCUCGGGCGGGCAGGGAGGCUUAAAGAAGCUCAUGACAUGAUUCUGAGUAUGCCGAUGGGACCUCAUCCAGGAUCUCUUGGUGCAUUGCUCGCCGCUUGUAGGACAUACGCUAAUAUUGAGAUUGCUGAGAAGGUUGCAAAGGAUCUUUUUAAGUUGGAACCUGAAAAUACCGGAAACUAUGUACUUCUGUCUAGCAUAUACGCUGAGAGAGGAGAAUGGGAAGAAGCGGCAAGAGUUAGAGGAAUGAUAAGGGGUAGACAAUUCAACAAACUUCCAGGCUUGAGUUGGAUUGAUGAUCAGCGGAAAGGCCGUAGGUUUCAAAAUAAAGUGGCGAAGUUUAAUGAUUGCACAGCAAACUAAGAUAUUGCCUUUUUUUUUUAUCUUCAUUUAUAAGGAUGGCUGCCUGAUAUAACACUAA